GUGUAUGCAAAGGUAAAAGUCCCUGCUUUUGCGAUAGUAUGAAAGGUAAUAAGGGUGAAAAAGGCUUUCCUGGUCUUCCAGGUCCACCUGGUCAUAGAGGCUUUCCUGGUCCAGAAGGGCCUCCAGGGCCACAGGGACCAAAGGGUUCUCCAGGGCUCACAGGCUUAGUUGGACCCAAAGGUAUACGAGGAGUCCCAGGAUUACCUGGAUUUUCAGGUCCCCCAGGCCUUCCAGGUGAACCGGGAACUGCUGGUCCUCCUGGGCGCUCGGGUGUUCCAGGGUGCAACGGCACGAAGGGUGAUCAAGGUUUUCCAGGUCCUCCAGGUAGAAGAGGGGCUCCGGGCAUUCCAGGUGUUCCUGGCAUCAAAGGAGAGAAGGGAUGCCCUGCAGAGGUGUAUGACCAAGGGUAUGGUGCAAAAGGUGAUCCUGGAUUGCCAGGAAUGCCUGGACUUCAGGGUGCCCAGGGUGCUCAAGGAUAUCCCGGAGAACUUGGACCACAGGGCCCUCCAGGACCUUCAGGCAUGCCAGGAAAAGCAGGACCUCCUGGACCUAAGGGUCUUAUGGGACAGAAAGUAAUAGGAAACAAAGGAAGAAAGGGUGACACUGGAUUAACUGGACCCCCUGGGCCACCAGGAACCGUUAUUGUGACAUUAAGCGGACCAGACAACAUGACGGACUUGAAAGGAGAGAAAGGAGAAAAAGGAUCAAGAGGGCUUCCAGGGCCAAUGGGGUUUACAGGGCCAGAUGGUGAUUCUCAAAGUGAAAAGGGUGACCGAGGAGAACCUGGAGCACAGGGUACACCUGGAAAAGAAGGUGCCCCAGGUCCACCUGGCUUACCG